AUGCCUACGACUUUAAAGAUAAGUAAGAUAAAACGGGCAGUCACAUGCGCUGGUAAUUCUAACACUCGAAGGAAGGUUGCUGGGAAAAGAAUUGCUAGGGAGUUGGAAGGGGAACCUAUUGCCACUAAAAAGUCUAAAAAAUGUGGUUGCGGGGCAAUGGUGUAUGGUAGCUUGACUUGUAAUGGGAAAUGGGAGCUUAAGAAAGUGUGCUUAGAGCAUAGCCAUACUCAUUCCCCAUCAAAGUCAAUGAUCGUGACUGAGUAUAGAUUAGAAGAGUUGGAGAAGGUGUCGUAUAUUAGGCGUACACUCCACUUUGGUAAUGUUGUUGGGUUUCCUAACGCGAAACUCCAUAGGUGGUUGGCUAGUGAGCGGAAUGGAUAUGAAAAUCUUGCUUUCACCACAGUGGAUUUGAAUAACUUGGCCGCGAAGGAGAAGAAAUUGAAAUUUAAGGAUGGAGUCGCAAAUGUGAUGAUGAAUUAUUUUAAAAUGAUGCAGACAAUAAGAACUUUUACCAUGUACAUUGGUUGGAUGGUAAUGGCAUUCUUCAGGAUGUGUUGUGGGUUGAUGCACGUAGUAGAGCUACGUAUGAGGAUUUCGGUGACGUUGCGGGUGUUUUUGACAUGGCUUGAUGCUGUUGGUGGCUCCCCUCCUAUGGCUAUACUGACCGACCAAGAUUCGACAAUGCGCAAAGCAUUGGAAGUUGUGAUGCCACAAACCAGACACGGAUGGUGUUUGUGGCACAUUACAGAAAAAUUUAGUGUCAAGUUAGGGAAGUGUAAGGGGUACCUAGAUUUUAAGGAGGAACUGAGGUGGAAGGAAUUUAUUCAUCAGCAUAAAUUAGUUAGUAACAUGUGGCUUGCUUGUUUGUAUGACGAAAGGGAAAUGUGGAUUCCAGCUGCAAUGAAGCAUUUGUUCUGGGCUAGAAUGAAGACUAAACAAAGGUUAGAAAGCAUUCAUAAUUUUUUUUAUGAGCUAUUUUACAAGAACAUUGGACUUUGUGAUUUUACCGAGAAGUAUGUGGCUGCUAUUGAGCAGCAAAUGCAGUCAAAGAGGCUGGCAGAUGGUAAGUCUACUGUGUACUUACGUGAUCUAGUGACUGAUUUCAAGUUUUAG